AUGGAGAUGAAUUGGAGAGACAGCUACGAUGUCAAGGUGAGUGAGGACCACAUCACUUUAGCAGCGUGGACCGACACGCUAAGCUACUUAGUAAGCGAAACCAAACCCCAUCCAAGGCUACAUCUCAGCCAGCCGACAUCCCUCCUACAACAGCUCUGACAUCAACCACCUCAACUCCCAAAGACAAAUCCAACCACGUCGCGAGUCACAUCAUAUAGUCAGAAUCAAGCAAAGAAUACACAAGGAAAAAUCAACGCUUUUGCGCAGAGUGGAGGGGAGUUUGGAGUCCGCAGCGCCGCCUCGUUGCGCAGUCAAGAUCUGACCAUCGCGACCUCUACACCGCGCAUUGCCUUUCCAAAGCCAGAAUCACGAUCUCAAGUCUGCCGCUGUAUCAUCGCAACGAUUGAGCAUCAUCUAGAAUUCGAGGUGACCUACCGUCCGUUGCACGUCUUGCAGCAGUUGCGAGGUGGUUGA